UCGCGACAUUGCGCGUGGAACGCGUACAUUUUCUUUGUCAGUUGGAAGCGACUGGGAAGCCAGAGGCGUUACCCCAACUCAACUGUCCUUCUAGCAUCAUGGCAGAUAACACCUGCCGACAGCUAGUCCUGGUAGAACGCGAGCCAAACCGUGAGCCCGGUCGCUCACCGGACCGCCAGCAUGAUGGUGACCUCGACCCCGACCGCAUUCAAUGGCUCAAGAACGCCAUGGACGAAAUCAUCGUGAACCCUUACGACGAAAUGGUACGAUGCCUCCAAAUUAUCCGCAGAUCCCUGGCGGAAUGCAAGAGGAUCGGCCAGAUCCUUGUCACCUGCUUGGCCAACGUGGAACAGUACAUCGAUAUUGUAGACUACGCCAAGGACUUUGAGAAGAUGGGAGGCUUCCUCGUGGUCCCCGAUCUCCUGGACUUCCCGAAUUCAACCGUCCGCAUUGCUGUCUGCUGCCUUGUGGCGGAGUUGGUGCAGAACAACACCCGCUGUCAGAGGGCAGCACUUCUUACCCUGCCCAAGCUGGUACGUCUCCUGAGCACCGAACCUGAAGAGGAAGUUCAGGUGAAGGCCCUGUACGCGGUCUCCUGCAUGAUACGUCAGAACACGGACGCUUACGGUCAGUUUGAGAAAUUAGGAGGGGCAUCGCUUUUGAGCCAAGUUGUCUUCCACUGCCAGUACGAUAAGCUUCGAACAAAGGCGUGCUUUCUGGUAUCCGCCUUGUGCGACCAAGAAGAGUCUUUUAGGAUGGCGUUGUUAUCGUCAGGGUUUGUGGCAGAUGUGACGCGUCUGUUGCCGCAACUCAACUGCACGAGUCGGGAGUACACCCUCAGUACUCUACUGGAGUUGGCCAAGAAGUCACCCGACGCCGUCAUGCCGCAUUUAGAUACGGACUUGGAAUGCACUCUGCGUCAUUUUCUCGAUGAACAUGGCGGUAUGGACCAGUAUGAAGAAGAAGUGGAAUAUUCGCGAGAGCUGCUUAAAAUUAUCGCAGGUUCCAAGGCUCCCGCAGCAUCGACGUAGCCCCGUUUAAUUUGAAUCCCUCGUCAGAACCGAGACAGGUCUUCAUUUUUCUCAGAGUAUAUUUUGCGUGCGAUACUGCUGCAUUUGUUGACUGCUUAUCUCCAACUGUGCGCCCAGUAAUUGAAGACCAUUCGAUUUGUUGGCAGAACACUAUGUACUAUCCUAAAAGUUAUCGCAAUAAUAAGCCUGCCCGCUUUGAGAAAAUCGUUGCUCAGUUUGGCUUCAGAUAUAUAGGACCAUUCAACCCAUUUGGAUGUUUCACGGGUCAUUAAUUGAUUCUUCGGAUGAAACGACUUAAUUUACUUAAUGUGGUUCAUUAUCUGUGACCGAACCAAUGAUUGAAGGUUGUGUAGUUUUGCGAGUCGGUUUAUUAUAUCCUUGACCAGAGCAUGGGUUGGCCUCUCAGUACUGAAGAUGCAUCCGUAUGUGAAUACUACCUGGAGGAUCGCUUACGUUUCAGUAAGUGUCAUGCGUACAAAUAUAUUCUGUAUCCCAUAAAAAAAAUCUAUUGUUUAGUACUUGCCCUACGUGGAUUUUAAGGUGACAAAUGGCCAGGUACAUUUGUCCGGAUUUAUCGGGAAGAUUGCCCACGCAACCAUCGACUCUCUCAUGCUGAAGUAAGCCCCUUAUUCCGCUCAGUGUGUUGUGUAUGCUUAUUAAAAAUAACUGAAAUUGGUGCAGUGGACAUAACUGAGUUUUUUGUGUGUGUACAAUAAACCUGUACAAUAAAUAUCCUAUCAAAUUUGUUA